GCCCGCUUAUCUCACCGUCCCAAACGCCUCUCUCUUAUCCAAAACUUUGCCUAAAAAUAAUCCCAAACCUUUUGAGGCUACGUCACUCCCCUCUCUCUGCACCAAGUAAAUCAUUUUUAGCAUUCUCUCCUCCCUUCUCUCACUCCCCACCCCUCACUUUCAAAGCCCCCACCACCUCCUCUCUCUCUCUCUCUCUCUCUCUCUCUCUCUCUCUCAUGACAUCGCGAUUCCCCUGACCCGACCCGAACCCGUCACAUGGACAUUCCCAACCCGACUCGCCUCCACCGCCCCAACAAAUCCUCUCCCUCCGAACGCUUCCUCGGCGCGUAUCCCCACGCUCCUCCAAGCACCUACCCUAGCUCCGCCACCGACGUCGGCGACGAGCUCACCGAGGACGAUAUCUUGUGGACCAACGACUUCGCCGCCGAAUCCAAUCACCACCACCACAACAGCAACAACAACAACAACAACAGCAACAACAACCACUCCACCCCUCCCUCCUCCGCAUCCUCAACCCCUCGCCGCCACCACAAGGGCUUCUCCCAGCCGGAAAGCUUCGGAAUCCUCGCCGCUCUUCCCGAACGAGAAUCCUCCUCUCCGAAUCCGCGGAGCAACUCGCACUUCUACCACAAGGCCUCGGCGUCGUCGUCCUCCUCGUCCUCGCCGUCUUACGCGCAGAUGAUUCCGACGAUUCCGAAGCCGCCGCCGCUGCAGGAUCAUCACCGGUCGUUCUCCUUGUCGCUCAAGUACCAGUCGGCGCCGGUGAACAUACCGGUUUUGGCCAGUGCGAUGAGGAAGCAACACGAAUUGGAAGCCGUCGUCGACGAGGAAGACGACGACGACGACGGCGAGAUGCUGCCGCCGCACGAGAUUGUGGCCAGAAGCUCCGCUCACUCGCCGAUGCUGGCGUGCUCGGUUCUGGAAGGCGUGGGGAGGACCUUGAAGGGAAGAGAUCUCCGACGGGUUCGCAAUGCGGUGUGGCGACGAACAGGUUUUCUUGAUUGAUUCAGAACGACUCUUUUCAACUUUUCCUCUUUUUUUUUAUUGGGAAAAGAAUUUAGAGUUUGUUUCAUUAAAGAGUAGAGUCAAUAUUUUAAGUGUGUGAUUAUCCCCAGUGCCAUUAGGGAAAUUUAGUAUAUAUUGGGGAAAGGAUAGUGAUCUUGAGUUAGGAUUUUUCGGUUUUCGCUUAGUUCUUGUUUUCCCUCCAUUAGUUAGCUAUUGUGUAUUUCUGUUUGUUAGUCCGUUAAUCAAACAUUAAUGAAUGCAAUAAGAGUAAUUGUGGUUUGCCAA